GUAGGUGUGAGGAUCAGUAUUUCUGGCCAUGUGAAAAGUGUACAGUAUAUGGAUCCUGUGAUGACGUCUCUAAUAUCUCAUGUGGCUGCAUCAGCGUUCUUCCAAAUGAUGGACACUUGUGCCAACCGCUCACUGAGAUGACCAAUAAGUCUUCCUGUUCAGCUCCAGCAACCAGAGCUGAAUUCCUGAUUGAAAUGGAGGUUGAUGCACUAGAUAUAACAAUCCUGAAUCCUAUGAGGAACGUUUUAAUGAUCCUUAGCUUACUUUCAAUGAACAGAAACAUCAAUAUUACUGAAAUGAACAUCACUACAGUGUGCCGCUUGAUCGAUAUUAAAUAUCAGUGUCGGUGUGAGGAUCAAUAUUUUAUGCCAUGUGAAAAGUGUACAGUAUAUGAGUCUUGUGAUGACGUCACUAAUGCCUUAUGUGGCUGCAUCAAUGCUCUUCCAAAUACUGGAAACUUCUGCCAACCAAUCAGUGAGCUGGCCAAUAACUCCACCUGUCCAGCUGUUACACCUACAGCUGAAUAUUUGUUUGAGGUGGAGCUUGGUGCAGUAGACAUAACAAUCCUGAAUCCUGUAGGAAUCCUUUCAGCAACCUCCGACUUAACUGUCAAAAAAAGUAACAUCACAAUCACUAAAAUGAACAUCACUACAGUGUGCAGUAUGAAUGGUACUGUACAUCAGUGUAGGUGUGAGGAUCAGUAUUUCUGGCCAUGUGAAAAGUGUACAGUAUAUGGAUCCUGUGAUGACGUCUCUAAUAUCUCAUGUGGCUGCAUCAGCGUUCUUCCAAAUGAUGGACACUUGUGCCAACCGCUCACUGAGAUGACCAAUAAGUCUUCCUGUUCAGAUCCAGCAACCAGAGCUGAAUUCCUGAUUGAAAUGGAGGUUGAUGCACUAGAUAUAACAAUCCUGAAUCCUAUGAGGAACGUUUUAAUGAUCCUUAGCUUACUUUCAAUGAAGAGAAACAUCAAUAUCACUGAAAUGAACAUCACUACAGUGUGCAGUUUGAUCGAUAUUGAGUAUCAGUGCAGGUGUGAGGAUCAAUAUUUCUGGCCAUGUGAAAAGUGUACAGUAUAUGAGGCUUGUGAUGAUGUCACUAAUGCCUUAUGUGGCUGCAUCAAUGCUCUUCCAAAUACUGGAAACUUCUGCCAACCAAUCAGUGAGCUGGCCAAUAACGCCACCUGUCCAGCUGUUACACCUACAGCUGAAUAUUUGUUUGAGGUGGAGCUUGGUGCAGUAGACAUAACAAUCCUGAACCCUGUAGGAAUCCUUUCAGUAACCUCCGACUUAACUGUCAAAAAUAGUUACAUCACAAUCACUAAAAUGAACAUCACUACAGUGUGCAGUAUGAAUGGUACUGUAUAUCAGUGCAGGUGUGAGGAUCAGUAUUUCUGGCCAUGUGAAAAGUGUACAGUAUAUGGAUCCUGUGAUGACGUCUCUAAUAUCUCAUGUGGCUGCAUCAACGUUCUUCCAAAUAAUGGACACUUGUGCCAACCGCUCACUGAGAUGACCAAUAAGUCUUCCUGUUCAGCUCCAACAACCAGAGCUGAAUUCCUGAUUGAAAUGGAGGUUGAUGCACUAGAUAUGACAAUCCUGAAUCCUAUGAGGAACAUUUUAAUGACCCUUAGCUUAUUUUCAAUGAACAGUAACAUCAAUAUCACUGAAAUUAACAUCACUACAGUGUGCAGUUUGAUCGAUAUUGAGUAUCAGUGCCGGUGUGAGGAUCAAUAUUUCUGGCCAUGGGAAAAGUGUACAGUAUAUGAGUCUUGUGAUGAUGUCACUAAUGCCUUAUGUGGCUGCAUCAAUGCUCUUCCAAAUACUGGAAACUUCUGCCAACCAAUCAGUAAACUGCCCAAUAACUCCACCUGUCCAGCUGUUACACCUACUGUACCAACCAUACUCACUCCACUGACACAAUCUGCUGAAAUUACAGCUAAUGCAACUGCUGCAACAACAUCCAACACAAUUACCCUCAGCACAUCCCCAGCUUACAUAACAACUUCUAACAUGACAAACUACACAACUACACCCAACACUUCCCCAGCCCACAUAACCACUGCUGCCGUGACAAACUCCACAACUACUUCCAACACAUCCCCAGCCUAUAUUGACACUGCUGCCAUGACAAACUCCACAACUACACCCACCACUUCCCCAGCCUACAUAACCACUGCUGCCAUGACAAACUCCACAACCACACCCACCACGUCCCCAGACUACAUAACCACUGCUGCCAUGACAAACUCCACAACCACACCCACCACGUCCCCAGACUACAUAACCACUGCUGCCAUGACAAACUCCACAACUACACCCACCACUUCCCAGGCUACAUAACCACUGCUGCCAUGACAA